CGACUCAAAUCUAAAAGUGUUAAAGAUCUGCAAUAUGUAUACAAAAUUGAGUAUCCUGCUAUUGGCCAUUGGCCUUAGCCAAGCGUUGCCCCAGCUGGAGAUUGGGCUCUUGCAGAACUCCCGAGCAAUAAACCAGAGUAAUUCAGACCAUUUGAUCGACUGCUUUAACACCUACAUACUCCUGGUGAAUCAAGUUGCCGAGGGCUACAAGGCUGAAUUUUCCCAGUGCCUGAGCACCGCCGAUGAAAACCAUGAGCUCUUCGAAGAGAACAUGAAGGAUAACCGCACUGAGAUCGAUAACACUGCGACCGCCGCCUGCGCUGCUCUUUCUACGUGCAGUAACAAUACUGGAUCCGUUGACUACUUUGAAUGCUACGCGAAUACGGCUGGCAACACUACCAAGACCAUGUACUCGAUUUCAGCUAACUCUGGAGAGCUGUUGACUGCGGUGCAAGAGGAAUUACGUUUGAUUGAUCACAAUCGAUACAUAUGCACCAACGCUUCAGAGCGCGCUUUAAGGGAGAAACAAGCUGUCAUCUAUGAAGAUUUCAACAGGUGUAUCUCGGGUCUUGAACCAUUGGGUCCCACCAAUGCCUCAUCUUCUGCUCUAACUACUAUUAUAGAUGAUGCAAACGACGAUGAAUCUGAUUAAGGGAUGAAGAAAUGGUUUGAAGAAAUCGCUUAAGCACUAUUGAAGUUUAUUAUACCAUUUGCAAUGCUUUCCUAGUUCUAUAGAUUGAUUCAAUAAAAAUAUCAUUAUAUAUAACAGAA